AUGAGUACAACAAUUGUAGAUCUCUUUACAUAAAUUAAAUAAUUGCAUCCAUGUAAUUUAUUUGAUUACUCUAGAGUAAAAUUUGGCUGAAUUUCAUCAAAAAUUUAAAGAUGAUGAUGAAUAUAAAAACAUCGUAAAAUAAAAUAACAAUACUAAAAGCAAUUUCGAUACAACAGAAGACCGAUAAACUUUGAUUAAUUAAUUAACAAACAUCAUCAAUGAUGUUAAAAUUGCUCAUAAGGAAUCUCUCCUUUCAGCUAAAUAGUUUGAAAUCUCCUCUGCUGAAAAACAAAAAGGUAUUUAAUUUAUAUAUUCUAUCAAAUUAGCCUUAAAUGAAAAUGCUAAUUUGAAAAAACAAAUUGGUGAUUUUGAGGUUUAUAGAAAUGUAUAACAUGUUUAAUAAGAAUACCUUAAGGAAUAUUAUAAUAUAGUUAUCUAGAAAGAAAAUGAGAAGUCAUAAGAUUUCAUUGAAGGGAUUUAAUAGGAAUUUGAAGAAAUUUAAACUAAAUUAGAUAAUGCCUUAAUUGCAAAGCAAAAAAAUGAAAAAGAAAAUUAAGUUUUGAAAGAAAAGUUUAAGGACAAAAAAUCUUAUGUUGAAUAAAGGAACUUAUAUUUUGAUUAAGAAAUUAAAAAAAUGGGUAAGAUAUGAUAAAUAUGAAAUACAAUAGAAUCAUUAAGGAAGGAAAAAUAUACUCAGAUGUUUGAAUAAAUAAAUAUUCUCAAUAAAUCCUUACACUCCGAAUUAGAUGAGAGUGGAAAAUUAGAGAGUUUGAGAAAAGAUGUAGCCCUUAUAGAUAAACAUCUAAAUCCUCAUCUUUAAAAAGAAUCUGAAUAUAAUUAACUAAUAGAAAAAACAAAUCAACUGAUAAAUCUGUAUAACUCAGAAGCAGAAAGGGUAAAGAUUUUAUUUAUCAAAGCUAUUAUAAUAAAUUUAAGACUAUUAAUAGAAAAUUUAAUCAAAUUAAAGAAUUUCUGAAUAAUCAGGCCCUUUCAUUUAUACUCAGGCAUUAGAAGUAACUCUAUUAAAAUAUUAUAGUAUAAAAGAUUGUUAUAAAAGUUAUAGUAAGAAUAAGAGAAAAGACAAUCAUUAUAAACUUUAAAGUCUGUUCUAUAAAAUUAAUUAAAAUGA